ACCGACCUGAAUAACAUAGCAAAGUUUCAGAAGGUAAUUUGGAAUUCAAAUGGAAAUUACUUUUUCCCUCUACUUACCGUGACUUACUGUUACCAUAAGGUUAUAUAUGGAAUUUCUGGGCUUUUUAUUGAAAAUACAUAUCAUUUUUCAGGAAAAGCUCUCAACAAUCAUGCCAUCAAGACGACACAAGUUUCCUCCAAAAUUAACUGUGUUUUCCAGUGUCUGAGUGUCGAGCAAUGUGUUUCGUACAAUUACCAGGAAACUAGCAGCACAGGUAGACAUACGUGCGAGCUGAAUAGAAAGAGCUUUCGUAAUGCUAAACUUGAAGACUUCCAGGCAAGAGAUGGAUUUGUGUACGGGGAAAGCGUUCCACAGACAAUGCUAAAGAUUACACGCUGACAUUCCCACGUAAAUCAACCAGUGACGUCAUAAGCGCAGUGUCCUUGAACAGCAGCCAAGUGAGCAAACUAACGAUGUGUACCUGGGUUAAUUAUGUCACUGCUGGCUGGCACACGUUGUUCUCGUAUUCUGUAAAAAAUGCAGCAAACAUGCUAGCUAUACGAUGCGAUAAUACAGGAAAGUGUGAGAUUAUAGUCAACAACGUGCCAAGCGAGGUGCAUACUUCUCCACUUAACGACGGAACAUGGCAUCACCUCUGUUUCUCCUGGGAAAACAUUCAAGGAAGUUUAAAGUUCUACAUCAAUGGAGCAAUACGAUCUAUAAAGAAGGACGUUAGUAGUAGCUUGACCAUUGAUGGGACUGGCAAGUUAAUCAUUGGUCAGCUCCAGGCCACCUCAGUUGGUUUGGAGUUCAAUGCAAGCGAUUCAUUUAUGGGAAGAAUGUACGGUUUUAACAUGUGGGAUGCAGUCAAGUCACCUAGCGAAAUCCUCUCUUUGUCCAAGCAGUGCAUUAGUGAGACUGGUAAUCUUGUUGAUUGGAGGAUAUUUUCCGUAAAAGAAUCGCAUGGAUUGGUUAACCAAGCGAUGCCCUCGGUCUGUGCAUUUAAUGUAUCAAAGACCGCCAACUUUGAAUCUUCUUCUGGUGAAAAGUACAUCAAGAUGCCUUUCACAACCACCUCGUUAAGAGAGAUAACAAUUUGCUUCUGGUCAAGAAGAAAAUGGACGAAAAAGAGUACAGCAUUCCAUUAUUAUUCAGAAACGUUAAAGAACGCUUUGCGCUGGACGUUCAAUGGAGCAACAGAAAACAUGAUUUUUGUUGCUAAUGUUAAAACAUCGAUUUAUUUCUCUCCAUACUACGACGAUUCGUGGCACCACUUCUGUUACACUUGGGAAAGCACGGACGGUCGACUAGUUGUUUUUAUCGAUGGAAUAGUAAUUUACAACGCAUCAUCCGUAGAUAGGGCAAAAACAAUCGAAGGAACUGGAGUGCUUGUUAUUGGUCAAUUAUGUUCGACGUUAAACCCAUUCAGUGCAUCUGAUGAUUGUUUUUAUGUCAACUACUUGACAGAUCUCAAUAUCUGGAAGACUUCACUAAGCGGACACGUCAUCACAGCCAUGAGCAAGGCUGCCGGCAGAGACUUGGGAAACAAGUUGAACUGGAAUGAUGUGGUAUAUGGGGGUGAAGUGUUUGGUGGCCUGAGUCUCACUCCAACAAACGAUGUAUCAUUAAAUGGUAAUUCCGAUUUUUACAUCGAUUUUGGAUCAACUCAGUCCGCCAGUAACUACGUCGAAUUUCAAAAUCCUAUUCCAAGCGUGACUCAGUUUUUAGCCUGCUACUGGUUGUGGCCUACGAAUAAGGGAGGGGUUUUCGCGUACAGCACACCAGAACUGGCAGAUCAAUGGGCAACAUUUAUCUCCACUAGUGACGCAUCCUUUUGUAUCAACGAAAAAUGGAAGUACGGUAGCACUGUAACAUUUAAUGGCGGUUGGUCUCACUUCUGCUGGAGAUGGAGAAACACUGACGGCCUAACAGAAUUGUAUAAAGAUGGGAAACUACUGAUGUCACUAACAGGUUUUGUGACCGGAUAUACUAUUCCUGGAGGCGGGUAUCUCGUCCUUGGUCAGGAGGUGGACAGCCAUAAAGGAGGUUUCUCAGCUAGUCAGGCUUUGACAGGUUUCCUUGGCCACCUUAAUAUUUGGGACAACUUUGACGCAGUCGCACUUUCGUUUGAAGAAAUGGCCAGAGGUGCUUCCCACUUUGAAGGUAACGUGGUCCCCUGGAGCAGCUUUAGGAGCAAAUUGUAUGGCACCGUAACUGUGGUGGAGGGUUCUUCUUGCACAUUGCCUGAUUUUGCAACACAAAAGUUAAGAGAGAAGUGGUGCAGUGAUAACAUCAGUCCAACAAGCGAUUGCCCAGUUCUUUAUCCUCUUCUUGACACCGACAAUAACAAUAAUGGCAAACUGCUCCGAUGCUAUUGUAAGAAUAUGCUGUUACAAAAUUCCGCUGGCCAUUAUACAUACAACCCAGGAAAUACAGGAUAUUACACAAGGGAUCCACAGCUAAGACUUAUCAAAAAUAUCUGAAAUAGCCCUUUUAUCUACUUUAUAAAUCUCCUUUCGUUUAACUUUCGAGAAUUCAUAUCAAUAAGUAAUGCAACACAAACAAAAAAAGGGGGGACACUUUUCCAAUGCAAGACUUUUUUACGAAUAAACAAUUCAUCACCUUAUAUACAGCGGCCUACUGGUCAAAUAAAGAGCACUCAAUCGAAGCUGAACGCUAGUUACAAAGAGUUUUUGAUCUGUUAAACCCUUCAGGCCUAUCUGAAUACCUUACAUUUGACCGUUGACCGAUGCCAGUAUGGAAGAUGGCGAAUUUUUCAGAUAAUAAUAUACAUGAAAAAAGGGCUAAGGGCAGUGGUGCUUCAAGGAAACACAGUGCAGAAAAAAGAAAAUUUAGUGCAGAAAAAAGGAAACGCAGUGCAAAUUUUAAAAGUUUUCAAAAACGGGUUUAAAAUCAAACUUUUCUUAAUUCUGCUGUUGUUAACAUUACUGAGCAUCAAAAUCUUAUAUUUUUUGAUGUUACAUACAUUUUUGGUUGAAGAGGGCUCGCUUCUUACGCCAUCAUAACGCCAUCAAGCGCGCGCUCAUAGUAUUUUCUUGCGAUUUUUGCUUCUUCUUCUUUGCAAAAAAUAACCAAUUUCCUCGAGUUUUCCGUGGUAUGUCCUCUUAUUUACCACGAUUUUCGUCAUCUAGUCUUUAAAAUGUUGUGGACUCACGAGGCGUAGCACAACAUAUUUUGACUUCUAGAUGACGAAAAAAGGAAUAAAUAAAAGGACAUACCACUAAAAACUGGAUGAGAUUUUUUUAAACCACAGAAAAUUAACAAUUUUACUACGAAAACAAGGUUAAAAUUUCAAAUAAAAACGGUUUCAAGCUGGCGCGCGUGAUUUGCUGGCAUAAUUUAUCAUUUGGUAUGUCCACCUAUCUCCCCCGGCUCUAGACCAAUCAGAAAGCGAGAAAAUUCACAAAUGUGGUAAAAACUCCAUUUUCCUUAACAAUUUUUCCAUGUAUAUUAUCAAAAGGAACUCAUGGUUUCCUCGUGCAAUUUGGAAUAAAUUUAAACUCAUGGGUUUUCUAAGAGCUCAUUGCUCUCCCCUACGGCUCGUCGUUCAAAUUUAUUCCAAAUUGUACAGGAAACCAUAUGAUUUCCUAUGCAAACAAAAGGGUUUAUUUACAUUAAUGCUUUCAGUUCCGUGUUUAUUAUAUUCCUCAUGAGACAAAUCCAGACGUUGGCUGAAUAUCUUGAGCUUUGAUGAAAUUAAACGAUAAAAAAUGUACGAAGAUUCUUUUAAUGAGUCUGCAAUGAACUCUAAAAAAACGAUGAGAAAUCUGGAGAUUGUUGAUUAAUGAUCGUAGAAACAUGAAAAUAGCUAACCAAUGUCAUUAUUAACAUUUUGCAAUAUCAAUUUAAAUUCUUGCCACUCUAACUUCACUAUUGGCACACGCUAGUUGCCGAGUUUCAUGUCGUGAUUUGUGAGAAAAUAGGUCGAAAUUGCUAAUCAAUCGUGUAAAAAAUCCCAAUCUAUUUCCCAGUGAUUUUGUGUUCAUUCGGUCAAAAAUUGGGCUGCAUUUGUCGACAACUGUUCACGUUUCAUAAAACAUCUUUAGAUUUUCCGCCCUCUGUUGUGAUUGGAUGGCGCCUAAAAAUGCUUGAUUCCUUUGUUUUUAUAGAUAGCACUGAUUGGAUAGUUAUGAAAAAAUGCCAAAAAAAACCCCCUCAAAGUGAUCAAGUUUCGAGUGUCCGUACUGCAAUUGCUUCCACUUUGACCAAUCGAUGAAGAAAAGAGGAAGUGUACUUCAUAUGCACCCAAUUAUAAUGCAUGCAAAGAUGUAAUACGAGGCAUCAAGCAUGACUUCGACCUUCCAAAAUCCCUUUCUGUAGCUGUUUUGGAAGGUAAUUUUCACUACUGUAUGCACCAUCACGUGAUGACAGCCAUGAUAGGAGGCAAGGAAAAUUGAAUCUAGUUUACAUGCGAGAACGAAUUCAGUCUCUAUGGAGGAAAUACCUAUACACUAUUGUUGUGCCUCCUUCAUUGGUGCCUUCACGUGAUGGUGCAAAGCUUCUAUUCAACGGAGAUUUUGAAAAAUAUUGUGAAAGUUUAGAUAUGAAACGAUCGGAAAUUCGACUGAUACUAUUGAAAGUCCUUUAACUUUCAAAAGUCCCUUAUAUCCUAUGAUAUGCACCUGUUUUAAUAAACGUUGUCAUCGUCAAAGGCGAUAGGCGAUAGGCGAUAGGCGAAAAGCUAUAGGAGCAGGUCAUUCCAAGAUCCAAGAAUAGCUGGAAAGACUUCUGUUUCUGCUUCUUAUUCUCGUCAAGAAAUGGACCUUAAUGAUGAGACUGAUUUAAUGUUCUUUGUAUUCAAGGAUACCAUUUCCAUGGCGGAAUGACCUAUCGCCAUUUAACUUUGGCAAUGACAACGUUUAAUGAAAUAAGUGUAGAUGUACUUUGAAUUUUCCCUUGCAUUCUGCAAUUAAAAUCUAAAUAAAACAGUUUUCAAGUCCUA